UUCAAAAUGUGGGUGCCCACCGAGCAGGAGAAAUAUGGCGUUGUGCUGGCAAACUUCAGAGGGCUUGUACAGUUCGGUCUACCUCUUGAGAUCGGAGACACGGUGCAGAUUUUGGAGAAAUGUGAAGGCUGGUACAGAGGAUUCAUAAUUAAAAACCCAGCUGUUAAGGGAAUAUUCCCAAGCUGCUACAUCCAUCUGAAGAAUGCACAUGUCAAGAACAAAGGGCAAUUUGAGACGGUCAUCCCGACGGAGGACUCUGUCAUCACAGAGAUGACGUUGAGCCUGAGGGACUGGGGGGUCAUGUGGAAGCAGCUCUACGUGAAGAAUGAGGGGGAGCUGUUCCACCGGCUGUGGCACGUGAUGAAUGAGAUCCUGGAGCUGCGGCAGCAGGCGUUGGUGGGCCACCUGACCCAGGACUGCAUCAGCACCAUCAAGCAGCACAUCACCGCACGCCUCGACUGGGGCAACGAGCAGCUGGGCCUGGACCUGGUCCCCAGGAGGGACUUCAGCAUGGUGGACCCAGACAACAUCAGCGUCACCGAGCUCUACCAGCUGAUGGAGCGUCGUCACCGGCGUAAGGAGCUGCCCGGGCAGGCCAGCAUGCACCACCUGUUCCUGCAGCUGAAGGGCCUAAUGAGCACCAGCCUCGGGGAGGAGCUGGAGGCCUUCUUCUUCAUCUACGACAGCAGGGAGAGCCGACCAAUCAGUGAGAGGUUCCUAGUUCGCCUGAAUAAGCAAGGAGUUCCGAGUGCGCCUGAGAAGACGGAGAGACAGUGCACUCUGUUUGUGGAUUUGGGGAGUAGCGAUCUUCGAAAAGAUGUUUAUGUUGUAGCUCAUAUUAUUAGAAUCGGGCGGAUGGUGGCGGGGGAGAAGAAGAGUGUGUCUAGUACCCAGUACAGGCGGCCGUUUGGCUGUGCCGUCAUCAGCAUCGCUGACCUCCUCACCCUGGACUCCAAAGACGAACACCUACUGAAGGUCUACGCGUGUAAUGUGGAGAGUGAGUGGUACCAGAUCCAUGAUAACGUCAUUAGGAAGGUCAGCUCCAGAUACAGCCUGGUGGGCUCCAACACGGGUCUGUCGGUGUCUAUGCAGCUGCUGCAUGGCGAUAUGGAUCAGAUUCGUAAGGACUACAUGCGCAUCUUCACACGCAAUGUAUCCAUCACCAAGAGACUCGGCUUCGCAGACGUCAUCAUGCCUGGCGAGAUUAGGAAUGAUCUGUAUGUAACGCUGGAGAGGGGGGAGUUUGAGAAGGGGGGCAAGAGUGUGGCUCGGAACGUGGAGGUCAGCGUGCACGUCCUUGGAUCAGAAGGACAGACUCUAAAGGACCUGGUGUGUGCGGGCUCGGGAGAGCCGGGAGGGGAGCAGCACAGCUCCUUUGUGCUGUACCACAGCAACAGCCCUCGCUGGGCAGAGCAGAUCAAACUGCCCGUCCCCCUGGACCUGUACAGAGGCCUGCACAUACGCUUCGAGUUCAGACACUGCUCCACCAAGGAGAAAGGUGAGAAGAAGAUCUUUGGUUUCUCCUUUGUCCCCUUGAUGCAAGAAGAUGGAGGCAUACUGCAGGAUGGAACCCAUGAGCUCCUCGUCCAUAAGUGUGAGGAUGCCGCAAGUGCGCAGGACGUGGCUCGCUACCUGCGGCUGCCCCAUACUAAAACACAGGUGGCCACCAACAGCCAACCACGCAGCAGCAAAGAGUCCUUCUGGAUAACAUCCUUCCUGUGCUCCACCAAGCUGACGCAGAAUGGUUGUCUACUGGACCUACUAAGGUGGCGAUCGCAGCCAGAGAAGAUCGCGGACUGCUUGGCGAAGCUCAAAGACAUUGACGGCACUGAGAUUGUGAAGUUCCUACAAGACACCCUGGACACUCUGUUUGGUAUUUUGGACCAGAACUCUCAGAGAUACGGAUUGAAAGUGUUCGACUGCUUGGUGUACAUAAUAAAUUUACUGCAGGAUAGUAAAUUUCAACAUUUCAAGCCAGUGAUGAACACCUACAUCGAGGAUCACUUUGCUGGAGCCCUGUCAUACAGGGAUCUCAUCAAACUACUCAAGUGGUACAUUGACCGAAUCAUUGAUGCCGAACAUCACGAACAGAUUCAGCAGGUUCUUAAAGCAGCGGAGUAUAUCUUUAAGUUCAUUGUGCAGUCGCGGAGGCUUUAUGCGGGAGCCACCGGUGGCCAGGGGGAGGAGGAGUUCCGCUGCUCCAUUCAUGAGCUCUUCAAGUCCGUACACCUCUUCCUGUCCCACGAGAGCAAAGGCAUCAGCCCCAUCACUCACACACAGGCCGUGUUCCUGCGCUCCUUCCCCACGGUGUGCUGUGAGCUCCUGAAGGUCUUCCUGGUGCGUGAGGUGGCGGUGCUGGCCCAUGACACCUUGGGCAGCCUGUCCCUCACCGCCCACACAGACUGCCCCCUGCAGGCCGUUAAGCUGCAGUGCAUGGCCAGCACCGUGGAGAGCCCGCUGUACACCAACCAGGAGAGUCGGUGUGUGGUACUGCCAGUCAUCCUGCGCCACCUCCAGCUGCACAUGCAGGAGCAGAGAGACCUGGUCAUGUGUGCUCACAUCCUCACCAGCAUGCUCUCCGCCAGCACCAAGGACAGUACAGGCAGUGGGAAUGCUGCCGCUCCGGAGGAGGUGACCAUCAUCAUGGACAGCAUGGCAGGUGUCCUCCUGAGGACUAUCCUGGAGGUCACCAACUGCCCGCAGCCCGCCGGGACCGCCUUACGCCUGCAGUACCAGGAUGUCACCGGUGAAUUUGUGGCCUGUUUACUGACCCUUCUGAGGCUGCUAAAUGAUAAAGAUUACCAAAGAUUCCUCUCCAGAUACCCCAGCAAAGAAGAGCUUAUGGCUUUUCUCCUGCAGUUAUUCACUGUCUUUGAAAUCCUCAUCCGCCCAGACAUGUUUCCCAAAGAUUGGACCGUUAUGCAGUUAGUCACCAGCAAUGUAAUCAUCACCACUAUACUAUACCUCUCCGACACGCUGAAGAAGAACUUCCUCAAUGACAAGUUUGAUUUCAAGGUGUGGGAGUCCUAUUUUUAUCUGGCCGUGGUCUUCAUCAACCAGCAGUGUCUCCAGCUCGAAAAGUUUCCUCCCUCCAAGCGGAAAAAAGUGCUGGAGAGGUAUGGAGACAUGAGGGUCAUGAUUGGAUGUGAGAUUCUCAGCAUGUGGCAAAGUCUGGAGGAGCACAAGCUGAGCUUCAUCCCGGCCAUGAUCGGCCUCUUCCUGGAGGCCACGCUGGUGCCUCAGCCGGACCUCCGCAACGUCAUGAUCCCCAUCUUCCACGACAUGAUGGACUCCGAGCUCAGCAGGAGCGGCAACUUCAAACAGGUGGAGACCAAGCUGAUUGACAAGCUGGACAGCCUGAUGUCAGAGGGCAAGGGCGACGAGACCUAUAAGGAACUCUUCAACAACAUAAUUCCCCUUUUUGGCCCAUAUCCAAGCCUGCUGAAGAAGAUCGAGAGUGAGACAUGGAGAGAGAGCGGGGUGUCACUCAUCACCACGGUAACUCGACUGAUGGAGCGGCUACUGGACUACAGGGACUGCAUGAAGAUUGGAGAGAUGGAUGGAAAAAGUAUAGGCGGCACCGUCAACCUCCUCAAUUUCUACAAAACAGAACUGAACAAGGAGGAGAUGUACAUCCGUUACAUCCAUAAGCUCUACGACCUGCAUUUCAAAGCACAGAACUACACAGAGGCUGCCUACACGCUGCUGCUGUACGAUGAGCUGCUGGAGUGGAUGGAGCGCCCCCUACGGGAGUUUCUGGGUUACCCCAUGCAGAGCGAGUGGCAGAGAAAGGAAUGUCUCCAUCUCACCAUCAUCCACAACUUUGACCGGGGGAAAUGUUGGGAGAACUGCAUCAUACUGUGUCGAGAGUUGGCCAACCAGUACGAGGCCUACUACGACUACAGAAACCUCAGCAAAAUGAGAAUGAUGGAAGCCUCUCUAUACGACAAAAUCAUGAACCAGCAGAGACUGGAACCAGAGUUUUUCAGAAUCGGGUUCUACGGCAAGAAGUUCCCCUUCUUCUUACGGAAUAAGGAGUUUGUGUGCCGGGGGAAUGACUAUGAGCGCCUGGAAGCCUUCCAGCAGCGAAUGCUGAGCGAGUUCCCCCACGCCAUCGCCAUGCAGCAUGCUAACCCGCCAGACCAGACCAUUCUGCAGGCCGAGGCGCAGUACCUGCAGAUCUAUGCAGUGAGCCCGGUGCCCGAGGGCCAGGACGUGCUCCAGAGGGACGGGGUGCCCAACAACAUCAAGAGCUUCUACAAGGUCAACCACAUCUGGAAGUUCCGUUACGACCGCCCCUUCCACAAAGGCACCAAAGACAAGGAGAACGAGUUCAAGAGCUUGUGGGUGGAGCGCACUACUCUGACUCUGGCCCAGAGCCUGCCCGGAAUCUCUCGCUGGUUCGAGGUGGACAAGAGGGACUUGGUGGAGAUGAGCCCGCUGGAGAACGCCACAGAGGUCAUUGAGAACAAGAACCUGCAGCUGCGGACGCUGAUUGCGCAGUGCCAGACGCGACAGAUGCAGAACAGCAACCCGCUCACCAUGUGCCUCAACGGGGUCAUCGACGCCGCCGUCAACGGGGGACUGGCGCGCUACCAGGAGGCUUUCUUUGCGAAAGACUACAUCGCAAACCACCCUCAGGACUCAGAUAAGAUCACUCGUCUGAGAGAGCUGAUGUUUGAGCAGGCCCAUAUCCUAGAGUUUGGUUUGGCUGUGCAUGAGAAGUUUGUGCCGCACGACAUGCGGCCUCUGCACAAAAAGCUGGUGGACCAGUUUCACAUGAUGCGUUCCAGCCUUGGUCUACAGCCCCAGGAGUUCAAUGUGCUGGUGCGUGCCAGUCCCAUGCACUUUGGCAGCGGAAGCCCACGCAACUGCCGGACGCCCGUGCCCAACGCCAUUAGCCCCGACGGCUCUCGCAUGGUCAUGAGACGGAGCCCCCUGACCUAUCCAGCUGUCAACCGCUACAGCUCAUCCUCGCUGUCCUCGCAGGCCUCCAAUGAGGUCAGCAACAUCACGGGCCAAUCAGAGAGCUCGGAUGAAGUCUUCAACAUGCAACCCAGCCCCUCUACCUCCAGCCUGAGCUCCAACCAGUCUGGCUCCACACACGUCAACAGCUCAGGGCCUUCCAGCAACAGAGCUUCUCCACUGCCAACAGAUAAACACAAACACUCCAGAGACAACCUAUGUCUCUCUCCACGAGACCGACUAUGCACUGGUGUAUUCCCCAGCCCCCUGGACCCCGCCGGAAGAACAUUGCCUCUCCAGAUUGUAGAAUCUACAGUGUCCCGCGCCGAAGCAAACCUCCCAACACUAGAGAAAGGAGCAGGCUCUCUGGCCUUGGGGACCAGGUCAUAUUCACCCAUGCCUUCAAACAAGUCUCCCCAAAAGACCUCCAUGCCUCCCUUGACCCCUUCGCCCAUCGAGAGCCUGCCCCCUGGUGGCCUGCUGCUGCACUCUCCUGCGCGCUCCGGCAGCUGUAGCAGCGGCAUCUCCUCUCUGAGCCGCUGCAGCGUGUCGGACACGUGCGGCAUGGAGCCGGGGUCCAGCGACUCCCCAGUGCCCCUGCCCCUGCCGCUGCCCGUCCCCUUGCCCACCCUGGAGGAGCCCAUGGUGCGGCGCGGCAGCAAGACGCCGCCUCCCUACAGCGUCUACGAGCGCAACAACCCCAACCGCCGCACCACCCCGCUGCCCCACAGCCUCUCUGUGCCCCCCGCCGUGGACCCCGCGUUGGGUCUGCCGCCCAAGCCGCAUCUCAACCGCAGCCUGCGACUGCACUCUGAACCGCGGCCGCGGACAGUCCCCCGCAAAGUCUCGCAGCUAUAACAGGGGCAAACGCACCGCAUGGCAUGGCAUCAUAGGAGAUUCUAAGAUUGUUGUUUUACACUGCUGUAUACACACACACACACACACACACACACACACACACACACACACACACACACACAUACACACACACACGUCACAGCCGUAACCUUGAGAAGGAGCGGGUGCGGAGGUCCGUGUGGUCAGGCACAAGCAAGCACACUACUACCUGUUUUUGGUGUGCCGUUGUGUUCGCAGCCUUUUUAUGUCAUGGUUCGAACUGGGGGCUUUAAAAAAAAAAACUGUCUGAAGUACUUUUAGGAGCCAUGAAGAGAUUCAACACAACUGGAUAAGAUUAUCUGCAUUUAAAAAACUAAUGAA